AUGGACGAUGAAGUGGCGGGAGCAGACGACGGCGAAGACAUCGUCGACAAGGAAGAACAUGCGGAACAAGAGGACGAGCCCGAACCGUCGGCAGUCCCAGUGAGGCUUCACGAACAGCAAGAGGUACCUGCCACUGUGAGUGAAAUUAUCGCCGAAGAAUCCGAGCCGGUCGCGCCAGUGAGUGAGCCUGUGGAAGCGGAGGCUACACCCCUUGCAGGCGUAGAAGAACCAGAGUCUCUUGACAGAUCGUUCGCAGUCCCUGAAGCCGCCGAGCCCUCCUCUGAACCCGCGGAAGACGCUGAAGAGGCGAGCCCCGAAGACGGUGUGCUGCUUGCCGAACACCCAGAAGCUGCUGCUGAUGAUCAGGUCGAGGAGGAUUUUGAAGUCACGGCUGGUGGUGAGGAAGAUGCUGGGGAUCUGGAUAAGCCAUCUGAUGCCGAUGCUGUGGACCCAUCUUCGCAGGAAAGAUCAUUUACUCCAGCUGCUAUCCCGCAGUCUCAAGACGAACUAUCCGAAGAACCAGAACCAGCCAAGAUUGUGGACGGCAUUGAAGACACCAUUGCGGUGGGGCCCGAUCCUACGGCAAGUCGAGAAGUCCUUCCAGCUGUAGAUACCGCCGAAGCAGAUGUGCCCGCUCCUAUCCUGGAGGACACUCCUGUCCUUGCUGAGGAAGUAGCCGUUGAGGAAGAGGGAGAGAGCAUUGAGCCUACUCCCGUAGAUGCGCAGCCUGAACCCGAAGAGGCCUCACAGGAGGAACAACCAAAUGUCGACGGUGAGGAAGCAGCAGAUGAGCCGCAACCUACUGCUGAAGCGACUUCCGUUCCAAUUGCAUCUGAACCAAAGAUGACGGAGGAAAUGGCAGAAGACCCAGGGACGCACGACGCCGAGCCUGCCGAAGUGGUGGAUACCACUACUGAAGAAGCUGCCACUCGGGCUUUGCCCUCGGCUGUAGUCGAGGAUACGUACCCUGUUCUGGGGGCGGAGCCUGAACCAACCCUUGAUACUUCUGUAGAGGCCCCGGUUGAAGAGUCACUGACGCGGAGCCUGCCAGUGGCAGAAGAUGCAGAUGAAGCGGAAGAGCCUGACGCAAUUGACACCCAGGCUGUUGAAGAGUCCCCAGCGGAGGUUGAAGAAACUUCCGAUGUAAAUGCUGUGGAAGGCGAAGCUGAAGAGUCCCCUUCUCUACCAUUCGGAGAUGAUGCCGGUGUGAAGGCUGCGGAGGAAGCUGAAGUUGCAGCUCAAGAUGAGGGCUAUGAUGCCACACAAGCAGGGUCAACGGAGGUCCAGGAAAGUGUCGAGGCGCCGGCUGAUACCGAAGAAGCUACUCGUGACCUCCCGACGAGUGGGUUUGCUGGAGUCCACGUCGCCGAACAAGCUGACUCUGAGGCCCAAGUGGUAGACGAGGGGAUAACGGAUGAUGUGGGAGGGGUUGAAGCGAGCCGUGACCUUCCCCAAAUGGCCACCACAGAAGAAGUAGAGACUGUGGAAGGAUCUGGUGCUGAUGUCCCGGAAGCCGAGGCCGUCGGAGAACCCGCUGUUGAGGCGCCAGAAGCCGAGACUGUGGAAGAACCCGCUGUUGAGGCGCCAGAAGCCGAGACUGUGGAGGAACCCGCUGUUGAGGCGCCAGAAGCCGAGACUGUGGAAGAACCCGCUGUUGAGGCGCCAGAAGCCGAGACUGUGGAAGAACCCGCUGUUGAGGCGCCAGAAGCCGAGACUGUGGAGGAACCCGCUGUUGAGGCGCCAGAAGCCGAGACUGUGGAGGAACCCGCUGUUGAGGCGCCAGAAGCCGAGACUGUGGAAGAACCCGCUGUUGAGGCGCCAGAAGCCGAGACUGUGGAGGAACCCGCUGUUGAGGCGCCAGAAGCCGAGACUGUGGAAGAACCCGCUGUUGAGGCGCCAGAAGCCGAGACUGUGGAAGAACCCGCUGUUGAGGCGCCAAAAGCCGAGACUGUGGAAGAACCCGCUGCUGAGGCGCCAGAAGCCGAGACUGUGGAAGAACCCGCUGCUGAGGCGCCAGAAGCCGAGACUGUGGAAGAACCCGCUGCUGAGGCGCCAGAAGCCGAGACUGUGGAAGAGCCCGCUGUUGAGGCGCCAGAAGCCGAGACUGUGGAAGAACCUGCUGUCGAAGUUACUGAAGUCGAAGCAGCAACUGAUUCGAAAGAAGUCUCCGAAGAUAUUGCCGUGGAAACAACUCGUAGUCUCGAUGCCACGCCUACUGCAGCAGAAGCAGGUGAUGAGGAAGAGAAACACGCUCCCCUUGACUUGAGCGCUGAAGUUCCAGUUUUGGCUGAGGAAGCCCGUGCUUUGCCUGCGACAGAACCAGUAGUGUCCAUGGAGGCAACUGAAGAAGCUGCGAUUGAGGCUACGGUUGAGGAACCGCGAGCCCAGUCCACAACAGUGCAGCAAAUGGUUCAAGCAGAUGAGGCACUGGAAGGUUCUACUGAAGUUGUCGAGGGCGACGAAGUGCCCACGUUUUCUGACGAUACGCGUGAGAUGGACGUGACGGAACCUGAGGUUACUACAGGGGAAGUGGUCGAAGUCGUCCAAGAAGCUUCUGAUGCGCAAGCAGCUGAAGAAGCUGAGCUUGAGGCAUUAGUGGAUGAUGGGCACCCUGCACAUCCGGCAGAAGUUCAGGAAGCUGUAGGCGAACCAGUGGAUGUAGAAGCGACCCGUGAUUUUCCACAAGAAGCAACUGCCAUUGAGGAAACCGAAGAACAGGUUACCGAGACUCAAGCGGAUGCAGAAGCGACGGCAAUCGAUUCUUCAAACAUUGAAGACACUGGUGAUUUGGGAGUCGAUGCCGAAGGGACUCGCGAGCUGCCGGUUCCUGCAGCGGAGGCUGACACCACCAUGGAAGAAACUACUGCUGUUGGCAAGGCCGAGAGUGCUCCGAUUGUGGACGUUGCUGAUGAGACUGGAGCCGGUGCGCCGAUUGUUGAGGCAGCGGAAGACGCUUCUGCUGAGGUUAGCGAGACCGUUGAUGCAAUCGAAUCUCGUGGUUUUCCUGUAGUGGAGACUGAAGCCGAUGUAUCAGCAGUUGGGGUAACAGAAGAUGCCUCAGCUGAAAAGAACGCGACAGUUGAUGAAAUGGAAUCUCGCGGUUUUCCGAUAGUGGAGGCGGAUUUGGCAGCGGAAGAGCUCCCUCAACAAGAGGAGCCAGCUGACGAAGAUGCUCCAGCGGAGGAUGCUGAGGUACCAGGGGAGGUCGAAGGCCAACAGCCUACAGCAGAGGCCACGGAAGCUGUGGACGCAGAGGCAGCUGCCGAAGGGGAGUAUGUGGAGGAGGCUGAGCACGAGGCAGCUGUGGAUGAAAGUUUGCCAGUGAGCACUGCAGAAGUGGUUGAUGAGGCCGGGGUCGAGGAGGCGGUAUCUAGCCGGGAGGUUGACGUUGCGCAGCUCGGUGUGGUUUCGGAAGAAGCCAUUCCCACAGGAUAUGAAGAGCCGAUUGAGGAGGCAACACCUUACGUCGAGGCCGAGGCGGACAAGGACGACUCGAUUGAGGAGGCUGUACCGUACAAGGCACCGGCCGUUGCUGCAGCGGUAGAGAUCGACGAGGCUGGAGACGAGAAAGUAGUCAACGGAACUGGAGAAGGGGAAGAGUUUGUCGAUGCUGACUCUGGAGAAUCGAGUGAAUUCAGAACAGGACUGGUUGACGUUGCGGGUAAUGGUGGUGCUACUACAAGGGAAGCAUCGGAAGCAGUCUCCGAACCCGUGGUAGAGCAGGACGGUUCAGCAACUCUGGAAGACUACGCUACAGGUGAGACCAGCGAACCAACUCCAGAACUAGCAGCAGAGGCGCAAGAAGCGGGGGCGGAGGAGGAGAGCGGGGCCGUUGAAGCAGUGGCGCAAGACCGAGGGAUCGGGGAUCUACUGCAGCAAGCUACCGGGCAAGCAGUGCUGGAGGAACCCGAGAUGGCGGCCGAAAAUGCAGGAGGCGCUAGUGCUCUGGCACAAGGACUCGCGGGGAUGAUGGCCGGAGGGACUGACACGAGUGGGGCUACGUCAGGGUUGGCAGGUAUGAUGUCUGGGGACAGCGGGGCAAGUGGAGCUACGUCAGGGUUAGCGAGCAUGAUGCCCGGGGGCGUUGAGUCUGCAGGGGCAGCUGUCAAAGCGAUGGAGAUGCUCCCUGAAGGAAUGGCGACCACGAUGUUGAAGUCUGGGGUUGCGGACAACCUUCCGACGAGCGUGAAAGCCGGGCUUGCCACGACGGCGGUGAAGGAGAGUUUGACGGGCGGACUGCCGGAGGGCGUGAGCCCUGCUUUGAUGGGGGCAAGCGUUGUGCAGCAGACCACACUGGGCGGGACGGGGGGGUCAGGCGGAGUGGCCGGGGCGCUGGGAAACCUGGUGCCUGGGUUUGGUGGAGACGACGCAGAGAAGGAGUGAUUGUUGAAGUUGAAGAGCGGAGAGGGUGGCGAAGGAAGGUGCGAAAGGUGUGGGAAUGGUUUACUUGGUGUUUGUGUUGUUGUUGCGCAGAGAGGAGGAAAAGAGGCGAGUACAGUAGAUACAGUAGAAGAUGAUAAAAACGUUGAGUCGCUUUGUACGCGGAUCUUACAGUGCGCAGUGGUCAGCGGCCAGCAAUGUAGUGUAAGAAGAGCGUUAUUUGCUCUG